CACUGGCGGUGCUUUAGGUUUGUUCCUGUGAGAGGCGAACACAACCAGUUUGCUUCUAAAGAAGUUCAUACCGGGGUGCUCCUCAAUCUAAAUGACUCAAUGCGGGCUGCCAAGACUAUUUCUUCCUUGAGGCAGAAAAAACGAAAGCUGUGAGUGAAGAAGACAGGUCAUACAAUGGUGGAGGAAUAAGUUCUUCAGCUAGAAUGAUGGACUUCUUGGAGGAACCAAUCCCUGGUGUGGGAACCUAUGAUGAUUUUAAUACUAUUGACUGGGUGAGAGAAAAAUCUCGGGACCGGGAUAGACAUCGAGAGAUUACUAAUAAAAGCAAAGAGUCAACCUGGGCCUUAAUUCACAGUGUGAGUGAUGCAUUUUCUGGCUGGUUGUUGAUGCUACUGAUUGGACUUUUAUCAGGUUCAUUAGCUGGUUUGAUAGACAUCUCUGCUCAUUGGAUGACAGAUUUAAAAGAAGGUAUAUGCACUGGGGGAUUCUGGUUUAAUCACGAACACUGUUGUUGGAACUCUGAGCAUGUCACCUUUGAAGACAGAGACAAAUGCCCAGAGUGGAAUAGCUGGUCUCAGCUUAUCAUCAACACCAAUGAGGGAGUCUUUGCCUACAUAGUCAACUACUUCAUGUAUGUCCUGUGGGCUCUUCUGUUUGCCUUCCUUGCUGUGUCCCUUGUCAAGGUGUUUGCACCUUAUGCCUGUGGCUCUGGAAUCCCAGAGAUAAAAACUAUCCUGAGUGGUUUCAUUAUCAGGGGUUAUUUGGGUAAGUGGACCCUAAUUAUCAAAACCAUCACAUUGGUGCUGGCAGUAUCAUCUGGCUUAAGCCUGGGCAAGGAGGGCCCCCUUGUGCACGUGGCUUGCUGCUGUGGGAACAUCCUAUGCCAUGGCUUCAACAAAUACAGGAAGAAUGAAGCCAAGCGCAGAGAGGUCCUGUCAGCCGCAGCAGCAGCUGGAGUAUCUGUAGCCUUUGGGGCACCUAUUGGCGGAGUAUUAUUCAGCCUGGAAGAGGUCAGCUACUAUUUUCCCCUAAAAACAUUAUGGCGUUCAUUCUUUGCUGCCCUGGUGGCAGCAUUUACUCUGCGUUCCAUCAAUCCAUUUGGGAACAGCCGCCUCGUUCUGUUUUACGUGGAGUUUCACACCCCGUGGCAUCUCUUUGAGCUUGUGCCAUUCAUUCUACUGGGCAUAUUUGGUGGUCUCUGGGGAGCUUUGUUUAUCCGCACAAACAUUGCCUGGUGUCGGAAGCGUAAGACUACACAGUUGGGCAAGUAUCCUGUCCUAGAGGUACUUGUCAUAACAGCCAUCACUGCCAUCUUGGCAUUCCCCAGUGAGUAUACCCGGAUGAGCACAAGUGAGCUCAUUUCUGAACUAUUCAAUGAUUGUGGUCUUCUGGACUCCUCCAAGCUCUGUGACUAUGAGAACAGUUUCAACACAAGCAAGGGAGGUGAACUGCCUGACAGACCUGCUGGCGUGGGAGUCUACAAUGCCAUGUGGCAGCUGGCUUUGACACUCAUAUUGAAAAUUGUCAUUACUAUUUUCACCUUUGGCAUGAAGAUACCUUCUGGCCUCUUUAUCCCUAGUAUGGCUGUUGGUGCUAUCGCUGGUCGACUUUUGGGUGUAGGAAUGGAGCAACUGGCUUAUUACCACCAUGACUGGGCCAUCUUCAAUAGCUGGUGUAGUCAAGGAGCUGACUGCAUCACCCCUGGUCUUUAUGCAAUGGUUGGGGCUGCAGCUUGCUUAGGUGGUGUGACUCGGAUGACUGUGUCUCUUGUUGUCAUCAUGUUUGAGCUAACUGGUGGCUUGGAAUACAUUGUGCCUCUGAUGGCUGCAGCCAUGACAAGCAAGUGGGUUGCUGAUGCUCUUGGACGGGAAGGGAUCUAUGAUGCCCACAUCCGUCUCAAUGGAUAUCCCUUCCUUGAAGCCAAAGAAGAAUUUGCUCAUAAGACACUAGCAAUGGAUGUGAUGAAACCCCGGAGAAAUGAUCCUUUGUUGACUGUUAUUACACAGGACAGUAUGACUGUGGAAGAUGUUGAGACCAUAAUCAAUGAAACCACUUAUAGUGGCUUCCCAGUUGUAGUGUCCUAUGAAUCCCAAAGACUUGUGGGUUUUGUUCUCCGGAGAGAUCUCAUUAUUUCAAUUGAAAAUGCACGCAAAAAGCAGGAUGGAGUCGUGAGCACUUCUGUCAUUUAUUUCACUGAACAUUCUCCUCCGAUGCCACCAUACACUCCACCCACAUUAAAGCUUCGGAAUAUCCUGGAUCUUAGCCCCUUCACUGUGACUGACCUUACACCUAUGGAGAUUGUUGUGGAUAUUUUCCGUAAGCUAGGACUGCGGCAGUGUCUGGUUACACACAAUGGGCGACUGCUUGGAAUCAUAACAAAAAAAGAUGUGUUAAAGCAUAUAGCACAGAUGGCGAACCAAGAUCCUGAUUCAAUUCUCUUCAACUAGAAUCUAGGGUUUUGCUGGAUAUAUAAUAGGACAGAUACUGCAGACCAUUGAUAUGUUUUAUUAACUGGGUACCUAAAACACCUUUCCAAUAUUUGGAUUGUGAAGUCAUAUUAGUGUGUUAUCUCUAUCCUAUAAGUUAACCAGUUGCACUACAUAAUCUCUAGAAAUUAACCUUCUGUUUAGGAGAAAAUACAGUUAGGUAUCUGUGAUAUUGCAUUAAUAAGAUUGCUAUGGUUUGACUUCUCCUUUUUGUCAUUAUUUUAAUGACAAAAAUAAUCAUUAGCAAUAUGCAAUCACUGAAAACUAUGCAAGAAAAAUAAAAAUUGUCCUGACAUGUAGCCUGCAGGAAACUUUUGAAAAAAAAAGUCACUAUUUUUGGAGUUAGCUGUCAUUGGUGGAAGAUGAAGUGGAAAUUGAGAGACUUUUCUUU